UUCAUCUUCACUUCUUCAUCUUCACUCUUCAGUAAUACCAGCACCAUCAACUAGGGUUACUCCUCUUGUCCCAUGUUCCCUGUGCCUAUGCCUCAGCUUAUCUUCCUUUAGUUUUAAAUUCAGAUUUUACUCAAGAUAGGAAAGCUUUCAAAAUAAUAUGAUCUUUUAGAAUUUCCGUAUCCAAAACUCGAAUCAAUAUAAAUCUUCAGAAUGGGAAUAUCACACAGUACCAACAACAGUCGUGGUAGUGCAAUGAAGACAACCUCAAAUCGUCUGCAGGUUAAGGCAACGGAACUCGAGCUUUCUCCAACAGACAUGUUGACAAAAGCUCUUAUGCAAAAAACAUCUGACGAGGAAGGACUACCCAGUGGUAUUUCAAGCGGUACGUUCAAUAAGUACCUUUUUCCACACUAUCCGGAGUUAGGAGUCAAACUUUUCAAUUACAUUGCUGGAAAACCAAAUUCAAAAAUUACUACCUGUAGCAAUUUCAAAAGGGAAAUAGAAAAAUUUCUUUCAAUCCUAUCUGAUGAUCAACAGAGACAAAUCUAUCUAGCGAUGUUUGGUGAUAAUCAAAGCAUAUCGAACGAGCAGUUCCGCAAUUUAUUAUUAGUAAUUUACAAAAUAGCCAUGUAUCACUAUCCUGAAGGACCGCAAUCCUGCAGGCAACUCUUCAGAACCGUUCAAGCUGUUGUGGAAGGAGCUUACCAUAGGAAAGAUGAACUUUCCAUCGGAUACAUGAAAACUUGGACAGAACGUAAUACUCCUAGACUGAUCAAUGUUCUUCAUCGCUACGUCGUUCAUAUUCUCGGUACAUCACACGUACACUUCAGAGACAACUUCUCGUGUCCUAGAGCAAGGUCUCUUCCUAGUCUUGAGCUGGAACUUUCCACGCCAGUCCUGGAAAAGGACUGUAGUCAUUUUUGGGAGUCGUCCGCACAUCCGUUAUUACCAGUGUCGCAAGUGUGGAUUCUUGCCUCAACUUUACCAACUUUGUUCACGAAACCAUCACACGAACUCAAUCAAACACACUCGGCCAGUCUAUUGCAAGCUACCAACCACAUUGCAAAGUUUCUGGACUUGAACUACCCCAGUCAUUGGACUCUGCUAUAUAAUAGCAACCAACACGGACUUGGUCCCAACAGGUUUCUGCACCAUGUGAUGAACUACAAAGGACCCACGUUGACUUUCCUUCGUGCCGAACAAGACCUGGAAUUCUGCAUAGGCUCCACACAUGAGUGGCACGAGACACAGUAUUAUUGGGGUGGAGAGGAGUGUACCAUCAUCCAGAUUCUUCCCAAUUACCAUGUGCUUGAACGUGGAGCAAAGUCAAUGUACCUCAACUUUACCAUCCGUGGUUAUCCCCAUGGGAUCAAAGCUGGAAAAGAUCCGAGAGCUCCAAUACUUAGUAUUGAUGAAUCUUUCGUCCUUAUUCACUUCUGCAAAGUUCCUUACAAGCUGCUAAGUAUCGAAGUUUGGGGCUGCGGCACUCCCAAAGAAAGGGAAGUUCAGCUGGACAUCCGUAAAUGGCAGGUGAAAGAAGCAGAGAAACAACGAGUUGUGAAGGUGAAGUCAUGUGACUGGGGCAACCACCCUGACAGAUACCUCCUCGAACUUGCGCGAACUCCGUCUUCAAACUUCGGUUAACAAGCAGCUAGUUCAAUUCCCCUUUUCCUCACAAACACCUGCCUCAUUUUUGACUAGUUAGCUAGUUUUAUUUCAGAAAAGUAACCUCCAAAUAUAACUCACAUUACCACUACGAUAAGUUGAAACCCUUCCAAUUAUUAUUUUUCUCUACUGUAGUACUUAACAAAAAUGUUUCUAGUUCUUCCGGAAUAUUCUCUCUCCUCAAACAGUAUAUAGAAUGACUUUGGAUGGAAUGAAUUUUGCAUCUGUUGACGUGACAAAGUUUGGACAAUAAUGUCCUCUCUAGCACUAAAGCACUUGAGCCAAUUUUAUUACAAAUACCGAAGUUUAAGCCAAUUAUUCUGGGUGCUGUAAGAAGUACUGGUUUUUAAAUGAAUGCAGUAUUAAAAGGACUUGGACAGCUGAGCAGACAUUAUGUGGCUGACACUGUCACCAACAAUGGUCUGUUUCACUUCACUUCACGUUCACUUCAGUAGUUGACUAGAAUUUUCAUUUUCUUGAGAAGUGAAAAAAUACAAAUACGGUACUUUUUAUUUGCUUCUAAUUUGCUUCUUUUGAGCGAAUUUUCUAUCUACUGAAAAGAGCAACUAACUACUGUUAUUUAUACUCAUAUAACUUUGUAACAAACUAAUUUCGUACACAGAAAAUAAAGUGUUGAAUAAUUAUUGUUCUCUUCUAGGAAUUAAUUGAAUAAGCAUUUUUAAAUUCCAUGUCAUGAAAUGAGACAAAUGAACGUUUGUUGAUACAUGAGUUGCAAUGCCUAAAACUAAUGAAGCUAAGCUGAACCAGUGAGGAAGGAAAAUUGCCAAAUGUGACUCCUUUGUCUAUUUACUUUACCCAUCUUUGAGCCUCAUGCUGUUGAAAGGGUGUCUGCAAAAUUUGUUACUCAUUUCCCCUAGGGAUGAACAACAUUGAAUUAUUUUGGUGCUAAAAAUAUGAAUUGAGGGAUCAAUAUUAAUGGAUUAAAUUAAAUCAUUUCAAAGUGUAUAUUUGUUUCAAAAAUAAUUUAACAAGUUCUGAUCGGAGCAGAUGUGCAGACAUUCUAGACUGCAAAACUAGAUUUUUAUCAUGUCUGAGAUAGUGAUUUAUAAUAAUAUUUAAAUGUUCAUGAUGAACCAAAAUUCGAAUCUAAUCUGUGUUCAAAAAUAAUGAAUAAAAUUGCGUUUCUUAUUCUAAUUUCUACACCAAACCACGCUCUACUGGUAGAAUUAUUAGGCAGUUGAAUUGUUUUUAGUUCUUAUUGGUGAUGUUAUCAUCCAAUUAUCUAUCCAAGUUUCGAAGGGGAGAGAAUUUCUAUGGAAGGUAGAUCCAUUACGGUUUUUUGCCAUCUUUAAAGUACAUUAUUAAUAUACGAUUAGUUAGUUUACGGCCAAUUUUCAAACGAAUGGCUAUCACAGCUUGUUAAAUACAUGCAACUUAUUGGAGACUGGGUAGGCUUCCCUCAUACGCAAUAAAUUAUAUAAAUAAAAUUACAAUAAUAAUAUGUUCCUACUAGCAGAAAAUAAUUUACAAGAAUUUUAAAAGAAUAUGUAACCUGGCUGCUGGCUCUCAGCUUUAGUGCUGACUUUCCUUUUCAAUAUUUGAUGCAUUUAAUAAAUUUGUGUAUUAACAGAAACAUACAACGUAUUGCAAUUGAGUUGAAGUACGUUUAUAUUUAUAUGUACCUACUACAAAUUCAAAUGCAAAUUUUUAUGAAUUCUUUAUUUCAUAAUACAGUUACACUAAAAUCUCUGUAUGAAUGAAAUACUUUUCACACUUUUGUAAAAGUAGGUACUUGUUUGUUUGUUUAGUGUAUUUUGGCACUACCCGCGAACACGAAAUUUUUGUUCCAUUUUUUUCAUAUUUUCUAUAUUGUCAUAAAAGGCAUUAAUAAUUUAUUUUCCAAAGUUGUGAUCUCCAUGUUCUUUCUAAGAUUGUAUUAUAAAAUUAUGUGAUGAUAGAUUAAAUUAGUAACUUGUACCUUUGAAAAUAUUAGGUUCUCUUGAAAAAGUACUUAUUUAAAAAUUUAAAUCGGCAUUAUUUCUAAGAUAGUAAUAACUUGAUAAAAUGCAAAGUUUCUGUAAAGAUUCAACUCAACUUACUUAGUGUAAGGUAAUAGUUAACAUAGUGUAAAGUAGACUUGAAAAUAUGGUGCCAUUAAAUAACAGAGUAUUACAAGAAUAAUUUAUUGUAUUACUUGUAAUGUGGAAUGUUAGCUGUUUCAAAAUAGUUUGAAAAUAAUGUUCUGGAAUUGUUACUCUUGGAUAUGUCGUUUUCAAGAUGUUUAACAUUAAUCAAAAAUAAUUUCUGAUCAUUUUAUUUUACACGAUUCACCUUUAUUUGUCUGGAUCACUAGGUCACAAUGCUUAACAGCAAAAAUAAUUAAGUAAUAAUUUUCAAUAUUUAUGAAGUAUUUUUUCAAAUAUCUAUGAAAUCGUCUCUUUGAAUUAGCUGAUAAAAAUGUGUUAUCCAUUUUUAAAACUGAAUUUUUCUUGAGAAAUUUCAAAUUUUCAGGUUUUAAACAUUGUAUUUCUAUUUUUAGUCAUUUUGACAAAAUUUUUAACUAUCAAGUUGUGUUUUCAAAGUAACAACUACAUUUUUCAACUACGGCAUUUUCUAAAUUUUACAAAAAAUUAAGUGUACCGUACUUCGGAGUAUUGACGUUUUGUUGUCGCUUUCAAAUAUUUGUCCCGCUUCAUUGAUAAAGUUUGCAAUGAACGCAUCCAUCGAAAUAUAUCUCAUCUACUUUAGUAUCAGCUUUGAUAAGAAAAUUUCAUCAUUAUUAUUAUCAUCAUCAUCAUCAUGUUCUUAUUUGAAAUUUAAAAAUGAAUUUAAAUUUUCACCUAUGCCCACCUUGUAAUAGCUUUCAAAAUGUGGUUCAACUUCCCUAUUGAUGCCUGAAAAAUUUACUCUUUAAAGUAUUAAUUUAUGUAAACAUCACAAAUGCCGCUAUUGUUUAAACAGAAAUCAGUUAAUGUACUUUAUUAUUAUUGUACUUACCAAGUCUUAGAAUUAUUAGCUUCACUGAAAAAUGCUAAUUUUUUAGUUUGAUGUCCAUGAAUUUUUCGGUAGCAAACUGUAUUUUUCUAUGAUAUUUCUCAAUGUAAGUUUGUCUGAACUACUUGAUAUUGUAAUUAGAACCAAUAUUUAAAUGUUAUUGCUGAAAACUGAGUACACAACUAAGUUUAACCUUAUAAUAAAUCUACUUAUUAGUAAAUGAAGAUAGAUAAUAGAACGUCCUUUUUUGAGGUGAUGAUAUUUGAAGGAUUGCAUUUCUACAAACAAUCCACGAUGAUAAAAUAAAAUGUUGGAGUAUAAUGAUAUUAAAGUAUUUUAGAAUUAGUUUGAAUUUGAAAGUGAUGAAUCCAAGAGCUCAGAAUCGAAUGCCGCUUGUUGCGAUGCAUUUGAUUUUCUCGAGGUAUUAUAACAUUUUCAAUUUAAUAUUUUGUACCUGAGUCUAAGGGUUAAAUUCAUUCUACUUAUAUUCCAAGUAUUGAAAGCAAUAAAUAAUUAAUUAGCUGGUGAUCUGUGAUUCGAGCUCAUAUAUUGUAAUAUUGUUUUCCUACCAAUAGAUUCACAUUAGGUGUAAACAUUUAAUUCACUACUAAUUCUGGGAAAUAUUAGCUAUAAUAGAGAGAUAAAUAUAUAAAUGAUAUGUAUCGCAGAGAUAUUAUGUUUUUCAACUGUCUUACAUGUAGCGUUCUUCCAUCAAGUAGAAAAUCAAUUAUUGAUAACAAAUCAUUAUAGCAAAAAUAAUUGUAGAAUCAUUCCUCAUUGUAUUUUUAUGUUAAUAGAAAAUGAGUUUUCAUAACACGUUCACACAUCACAAAGAAAGUUAUGACUCAACGUUUCUUCAUGUAUCCUACUUUCUUUUUCUAUAAUAAUUGCAUAUUUUUCUCUAACAUAUAUCAACUUGUUGAACGAAUUUUUAUGAUUUCUUUUCUGGAGUAUAUUUGAUAGCUAAGUUUAUGUGAAUUUGUGAACAUAGAAUAACGCCGAAUAACAUUUGAAAGAGAUGAUCUAAGUUGGUGAUAAUUCAGUGGUAUGAUAUUGAUGAGAAAAUACGAUUAAUGAAAAAACGUUGGAACAUGACUUGAGGUUUCACUGGUUCAGUUAUGACUUGUUUUAUUCAGUUUAUUGCAAACGAAUUUGCGUUACAUUUGCAAUUCCAAGUACGUUGAAAGUUUAUAAAAUACGAUUGAAACUUAGCAAAUGUUGUUUAAUAAUGUUAAGGUCAAAAUACUUUGUGAUACGUCUUUGAAGGGAAUUUCAAUUGGUUAGUUUAUAUGUUGAAUGAAUUCCGUUGGAGGAAUUGUGGAGAAUGUUGUUCCAUCAGUAUUCAUUAUCUAGAUAUGACAAUAAGAAUCCCCUCAUCGACCAUUGUAAGAAAUUAGAGAAGACUUGAUUAGAAAAAUGUUGAAUUCAGAAUAUGUAUUUUAUUUAAUAAAAAUAUUAAGUAUUUUUAAAA